GCGCAAAACAGUUGGGGACUGGGUUCGCGUCGCGUUGGCUGCGAGAAGUGGGGAAAUAUCACCAAUAAAAAUAGGUUAUUGUGCUCAAGUUUCCCACGAUGGAUAAUCAGCCAAUCGCCCCAGACGAUCCUGAACUGAAGAACAUCAUUGACAAGCUGGCCAACUUUGUGGCUAGGAAUGGACCAGAGUUUGAAAAGAUGACGAAACACAAGCAGAUGAACAACCCUAAAUUCAACUUCCUGUAUGGAGGAGAGCACUUCAACUACUACCAGUGUAAAGUUGCAACUGAGCAACAAAUCAUGCGACAACGUAAAGAAAAGCUAGCUCAGCAACAGGCUAUAAUUCAGGAUGUCAUCACCCAGCAGUCUAUCCAGUCUGCGCCCUGGCAGCAGCAGCAACAACACCCCCUGCCGAUGCCGCCGCAGAUGCCAACACCGCAGAUGCAACAGCCACCCCCGCAGAUGGCCCCGCCUCCCUGGCAGCAGCCGCAGCCCCAGCCACACCCACAGCCCCAACCUCCCCCGCCCAUGCCGCACCCAGCCCAGCCGCUGGCCCCACCACACCACCCAGCUUUACAGCAGCAACAGCAGCAGCAACAACAACAACUGCAGUUUCAGCAGCAGCACAUGCAACAGCAGCUGCAAGCCGAGAAGGAGAAGCAAGACCAGCUACUGAAGGAACAGCAGGAGAAAGAACAACUGGAACAAGAACAGCAGCAGAUCCUGGGGGAGCGAGAGCAGUUACAGGCACAGAUCAAAGAGAGCGAGGAGAACUUACAGAAGCAACAUGAAGUUUUUCUUCUCCAGCAGCAGGAGCAGAUUGAGUUGGGCAUCGUGUCCGCUCAAAAUCAAGAGAUCCAAAAUUUAGCGAAGGAGCUGGAAGUGGAUAUCGGAGAUUUUGACACCAGGCUUCAGACCAUCAUUGAUUCCUGCACCAAAGAUGCAAUAUCGAACGGAAAGCUCUGGAUAUUUUCCUGGGCCAAGUCUGACAAGCACUGCCUACUGAUAGCUCAUUAUCUCCUGCAUAAGAUUAUACCCCUUGGAACUCCCUUUGAGGCCAAGCUACAUCUGAUCUAUCUCAUCAACGAUGUCACUCAUCACUGUAUGCGGCGCGGUGCCGGGAAUCUCCAGCAAGCGUUAGGCCAAGUGGUCGGGCCCAUCUUCUGCUCGACGUACCUCAGCGCCGACGAGGAAAAGAAAAAGAAACUGGAGAAGGUUCUCAAACUGUGGGAAACGAACAAGUACUUUGGUGAUGAUGUCAUGAUAGCAUUGAAGAACCCGGAGAGCUCCAUGUCAGCUUUUAAGGCCGGUCAGCUAGAGCAAUUUUCGGAGGUGGUAUCUCAUGUCCGAGAGGGCAUCGCUGAACAGCUGUCCAGACUGCAGAAGCAACAUGACGAGUUUGUGGAUCAUGUCAACUCGAUGAUUCAAGGCCUGGAUGCACGUCUCGAUAAGUUGACCGGCAACGACCAGAGCACAGUUGAAGCCAGACAGGAAGCUGAUGAUCAAGGACCUGAUGGCAACGAUGUCAACACAUCCAUGCCAGGGAACAACCUGCCCCCAGCUAGCAUGUCCAUGAUGGGAGCAGGAGGUAUGCCUGGGAUAAUUCCUGGAGCACCAGGGUCGGUAUCCUCAGGGCCUGGUAUGCCACCAGUUCCCAUUGAUCCGGCUGCCAUGGCAACCAUGUUCCCCAACUUUGAUCCCUCUGUGCCCCCGCCAGGCUUUGGAAGCAUACCCAGGGUGCCCUUCCAACCGGGUUUGCCGCCUCCAAAUUUCCCCCCUCCUCAGCCAGGCAUGCCGCCCCCGAUGCCCAUGCUCCAUCCGCCUAACCAUCCCCGGGGGCCUAUACCCCCGAUGCCGGACUUCUCCAAGCCUCCGCCCGGCUUCAACGAGUUCCCUCAAGAUUUUCCGCCAGACUUCAACCCCAAUGUGCUCCCGCCGGACAUGGAGAUCAUGCCGCUGGAUCCUAACGACCCAUCCCUCAUGCCCGAGGUUCCCUACUUCGACCUUCCAGCUGGUCUCAUGGCUCCGCUCGUCAAGCUUGAAGACACCGAGUACGAACCGUUGGACCCUGAAGACAUCCGAUUACCUCCUCCACAGCCCCCCAGCAAGAGACUGUUGGCAGCUGUCGAGGCCUUCUAUGCACCUCCGUCAAGAGAAGCACCAAGAAACAGCGAGGGUUGGGAGCAAAAUGGGCUGUUUGAGUUCUUCAAGGCCAAGCAGAAAUAUUCCAAACUGAAGAAGGAGAGGUUGGAACAUGAGGGGGUACAGAGGAAAGUCCACAUUCCCUCACCGAUCCGUCGUGACAGCUCAUCGUCCCGAUCACCAUCCCCGCGUCUGGAGGAAGACGCACAGAGGUCCAGGAGAAGAUACAGGUCCAAGUCCAGAUCACGUUCCCGUUCCAAGUCACCGGUUCGCCGCCGUCGGUCAGUCUCUCCGUCCCGCUCACGGUCCAGGUCACCCCCUUACAGGAGGCGGAGCAACUCUAGAUCCCCGCCCCCGCGCAGGAGGAACCGGUCGAGAUCCAGGUCACGUUCUCGCACACCCCCACGGAGGCGGAGAGAACGAUCCCGGAGUCCGUCACCAGACUUUGGAAUACAACCAUUUUACCAGACCAACACCAACACCAGGCUAGGUGAAGAAAACAAGGGAGCUUUGCUCAUGAAGAAAAUGGGUUGGGGUGGGCAGGGUCUUGGAGCGAGGGAGCAAGGCAUCGUCGACCCCGUCUCGGGAGGUGAGGUCCGAGACAAGAUAGACAUGUACCGCGGCGUCGGCAUGGAGAUCAAUGAUCCCUUUGAGAGCUUCCGUAAGAACAAGAGCAGCAGCUUCAUGACCAGGAUGAAAGCCAGAGCUGCAAAAUCAGGGAAAUGAGCACUUAUCAAGAUCAGGAGCCUGGCAGUUGUCAGUAAAAAUUCUUCAGCCAAAAAAAGUGAGGGUGGAAACGUUUUCUCUAAUUCACAACAAAGAACACUUUUUUCUCAAGUUUUCUUUUGUUUUAUUAAGAUUAAUUUCUAUCAGUUGCCAAUGAUGGGCUAUUUUACAAUUAUGUACAUAAGUCUGUUCGUUAUUAAACAGUAGGGAAGUUUAACUGCAAAAACAGACUCGUGGGAUGUCCAUCAAGCCAAGGCAGGUCAAGGAUAGGACCGUUGCUGAUGCAAGUGUUUCUAUUACUUGACUUGGCACCAAAUCAUUUUUUUAAAAGGGCUGGAAUGCACAGAAGCAUAUUUGGAACUUGUUUGAGUCAAUAACACAAACAGUUCAAAUGGAAAUAGAGAUUUCGCACUUUGAAAA